AUGUUGUGGACAGUUUGGUUUUGCUAUCUUAUUCGAGCACUGUGCGUGGCUGUCGCGGAGCCUCAAGAUGUUGUGCUCCAACGCCUGCGGCGUGGGCAGUCAAGGGCAGCCAACGCCACGCUUCUGGUGGGAGGCCUCGUGCGCAACGCAGCUUUGCAUCUGCCUCAGCUCCGCCAGAAGAUCGAAACCCUGGCCGAUCACUUCCGACGAGUACAAAUUAUUUUUGUUGAAAACGAUUCUACAGAUGGUACUGGGAAGUAUCUGGAUCACUGGUCCAAAACUGCGGCAGGAAAGACCACCAUGAGAACAAUCCGCCUGACGCUCUCACAGGAUACGCACAUAGGGCCAUACAAAAGCCGAGGUGAGCUCAAAGCCAAAGGAUGGGGUCACGAUGGAGUGCGCCUCCUAGCCAGGCUUAGGAACAAGUAUUUGGAGGAAUUCCGGAGAGAGACCCGGGGCUCGGCCAAGGAGCAUUGGAUUUUAAUGGUCGAUGCUGAUGUUGGAAUGGAGUGGUCUGCUUCAGAUCUGCUGGAAGCUCUUGGCCACGAGGCCCGAUGGCAUGCCCUCUGUGCUCAUACCUGGUAUCGCUCCAACAGCCUCUAUGAUGCGUUCGCAUUGCGAGGUGAGGGUUUGCAAGGCUUGUCUCCCACAGAUUUUGAAGAGCAAGCUGGAAAGAGCUUCUUUCCCCAUGCACUUUGUGGUCUGCAGAAACAGUGGGGAGAACAUUGCGACUGCGGAAUGGAGUUGCAAGGUCAGGAAAAAUCAUGCAGCUCUUGUGCUGCAUCUGUUACAGCACGCUCGCUCAUUCCAGUAGACAGCUGCUUUGGUGGUCUGGCACUGUACCACGAGGACCUUUUGCACAAGUUCGGCAGCUGCCGAUAUGAUGAGGGUCUUGACGACUGUGAACACGUGGCCCUGCACAGCUGCAUGCGAUCCCGCGGGGCGAUCAUCGUCUUGUACCCCAGGCUUGCUGCUCAAGCUAGCGCCGCAAACACCACGUGCUGUGUCGAAACAUGCAGCCAGGCAGAGGCAUUUCCAAUGUCCUUCUUGCCAUUUCAGCCGCAAUUCUCGGCAUCAGGGGCACGAGUGGCAGGGUUGCUGGCAGCAGGGAUGUCACUCGAGGAGGAAGGCCAGUUGCAGGCAGCCCUGGAAAAGUACCAGGAGGCUGCGCGAAUUCCCAAAGAUGCCGGCUUGGCUCUUCAGCGCUGGGCCGCACGUGCUGGACUUUUGGGAGCAUUCCUGCUCCUGCAGUACAAGCAAGCUGACAAAGCCCUGCUGAUGAUACGAGACAGGCAAGGUACCCAGCUUCUCGCAAGCAAGGAUCCCUGGGCCGCGAUGAUGGUGGGCCAUGUGCAUGAGUUGCUUGACGAUUUGGGAGGUGCUGCAACAUGGUUCGAAAAUGCGAUCGAGACGUGGCCAACCGCUCCCGCAAUGUUGCGGAAGGCAGAGGAGCAUCAGGGAGCUUGGAUCAAAGCACGGCUGUCAUGGCUUCCUGCAACCCAUGGCUCUGAGAAAGAAGCCAUAAACGCGAUAGAAAACUUCACCACAGGGCUGAGCGCGCUGAUCGUAGAAGAGGGGGCGCCACUGAGAGGAAGAGGCUGUGGCAUACCAGCAGCCUUCGACACCCGUUCCGUCGAGAUGACUCGUUUAACUUAUCUCGGGCCGACACUCGUCCCACACUUGCCUGAGAUCGCAUCUGCAUUCUCACGACUUCAUCUGCGAUCACUCCGAAAUCUGGGCUUCGAAGCCGCAGCCUUGCAGGCUCCAGGAGGCCUUCGCAAGUCUCCCGAAGUUCGAGUUGGAUUUGUUUCUGGGCUUUUUGGCGAUAGUGCCGUGGGAAACUUGGUCAGAGGGAUCAUUUGGCCUUUGCCAAAAUCCGUCUGGGUUGCUCUCUUGUGCCUCGGAAGUUUGCAGCGUAAGUCCCCAAACUCGGCAGCGGUCGCGGAAGCACUCCUCGAGCGUGCAGACCAUGUGGAAGAAGCAUCCUACUGGAGCUCUACUUCGCCUGGCACGCCGAAGGAGCUCGGCCGCACCAGGGCUGCGAUCUUGAAGUUGAGGCUCGACUGUCUGGUGUUCUUAGAAGUUGGUCUGGACGUGCGAAGCUUCACUCUGGCUCACAGCCGUUUGGCACCAUUGCAGAUGGUUACCUAUGGUCAUGCAUCCACCACAGGAAUUCCGACCAUCGACGCUUUUCUGAGCUUCGAAGCGUUCGAGCCAAGUGAAUGGCUUCAUGCCCAGAGCCAGUACAGCGAGCAGCUCGUCUUGCUGAAAGGCUUCCCUUUCUUCUUGCCGAGCACAGAUCCCGAACAUGCGGAAAAGGGUACGUCUACCCUUCGCUGGGCCUCGCUGCUGGAGAGCUCUGGCACUGGCACCUGUGCCUUGACAAAACCUUCCGAUCGUGUGUACCUGGUGGCACAGACGCUGUACAAGCUUGUGCCGGCAUUUGAUAAGGCGCUGGAAGGAAUUCUCAAGGCAGACCCGGGCCCAGAGGCUGUUUUAGCGAUCCGGGUGGGGCACCCACAGCCGCAGAUCCACAGGCGCAUUGCCGCCCGGCUUGCCCUUCAGCUGGAGCCGUCCCAGCUGGCUCGUCUCUGCUUCGUCCCGAUGCAGAACGCCAGCACCUACUUCUGGAUGCUGAAGCAUGCUAGUGUGAUUCUUGACACAUUUCCACAUGGUGGUCACACCACCACACUUGAUGCUUUGAGCGCUGGCGCCCCAGUAGUGACCCUGAAGGGACAGCAUCUUGCGGGAGGUUUUGCUGCAGGAUUCCUCCGAACCCUCUUCGAGAAGAGCCUUCCAGAUGUGAGGAGUUGCUGUCUGGCGCUGACCGUCUCUGACUACGUGAAGAAGGCGGUCCUCCUGGCGUCCAAUCCUGACUACUCUGAGCGAGUUGGGUCCUGGAUCAGAGAGACUGCCCUGGCACGGGUCUUCCACCGGCGCGACGGAGCUGAAGCCUUGGCAGAGCUCUUGCUGGCGGUGUCAGGGAAGCCCCAAGAAGAAGGAGAUCAGAAGAAGCUAGAUGAUCGGUCUGAGCCACUCGCGCCUUACCAUCAAGUGCAGGAGGCUACGCUUUCAGCGUAUCUUCAUGACCCUCGCCAGUUCACAUGGGGGAUCCUCCCCUUGGUUUUGCGUCCUCGCAGCUGGCGACAAGUUCAACCAGCCGACAAAGCUGCGGCAUCGGCAGUUCAGCACCGGGCGAUCUGGCCUAUGCGCAUGAAAGGCUCCCAGAGCUCUGAGUUUCCUGUUGCAAGGGAGAGCUUUUCCACGGCCCUGGCCGGUCACGGCGGGCUUGCUGUGGCAUUCUGCUGUGCUGCCAUUUCUUUCCCCUGGCUGCUCUUCUGGGCACCACAGCUUCGUAAGAGUUUACAAGGCUUUCAAAGCGGCACAGACGAGAUCCGGCUCGGCCUAGCUCACGCCCAUCACGACUCGGCCGUUCUCUCGGUGCUGUAUCUUCUGACGCCGGACAGGCAGCUGGGUGCGGUGUCCCUGGAGUUUUGUGUGGCAGAGCUACAAAAACAACAGCCUGGCACCCUGCCGGUCCCUCUGGGCAGCAUUGAGCAUGUCCAAACUGUAUAA